GCCAAAUUAGUCUGUGCUCAGAGUGACAGAUGCCUCCGCAGGCUCGCCUUCAUCCAUCUGGUAUGGGCUACGAGCGCAAGCGGAAUCUCAACACCUCCUCGUCAGCGACAUCCGCGCUGUCCAGGUCGGCGUACUCGAACGGCAGCCACACGAUGGGCAACUCCUACAACCAGCACCAACGUGCGGCAUCGCCCCCAGCGUCCACGUACUUCGUUUCGCCCUCCGGCGACUCCACCGCUGCGCGGCUACGACCCACCCCCGACGCAGACUCGCACUUCGCGUACAGCACGACGCUGCGGCGGCACCCCGCGGAGGGGCUGCCGCUCUCGCCGACCGAUUUUGCGCAUGCGGUCAAUGCCGAGGCGACCAGUUUGUGGUCGAGGGCUGUCGGGGCUGUGACGGGUCAGCCACAGGACGAUGGAGGGCUUGGGUUAGAAAAUGGGAGCCGGGGUGGGAGAUUGACGCCGCUCAAGGACGAGAUCAGGGAGACUGUUUCUGCGCGCUUUGCGCACUGCUCUAUUGAGGAAACCGUCUCCUACUUCCGUACGUCGCUGGAGUCAGGCCUACGACGGGCUGAUGUGCCCAACCUCCUUGCCUCCCAUGGUUACAACGAGUUCUCCGUAUCUACACCGGAGCACAUGCUCGUCAAGUUUGCGAAAACGAUCUACGAGUCUCCGCUCAUUUUGCUGCUCUGCGCUAGCGCUACUGUGAGCGCCCUGAUGGGUAACAUCGACGAUGCUGUAAGCAUCGCUGUCGCCGUCCUGAUUGUACUGACUGUUGGAUUCAUCCAAGAGCACCGUUCCGAAAAGUCUCUCGAGGCGCUGAACAAACUUGUCCCGCACCAUUGUCAUGUUCUCCGGGACGGCCAGACGCACCACAUCCUCGCUAACGAGCUGGUCCCGGGAGACGUCGUCACCUUUGCGACUGGAGAUCGGGUGCCCGCGGACGUGCGCAUCACCGAGGCGGUGGACCUUGAGAUUGACGAGAGCAGUCUGACGGGUGAAACGGAGGGCAGGCGCAAGAAUGCAGACACCGUACCACACACGGGGCAGGUGGCUCUGGCCGACAGGUCGUGCAUCGGGUUCAUGGGCACGCUGGUCAGGAGUGGCCGAGGGACCGGUGUUAUCGUGGCGACUGGGACGGAAACGGAAUUUGGCGUCAUUUUCUCGAUGAUGCAGGACGUCGAAGAGAAGAGGACGCCGCUGCAGCUCAGCAUGGACGAGCUGGCCAAGAAACUGUCGAUGCUUUCCUUUGGAAUCAUUGGUGUCAUCUGCCUCAUUGGAGUACUGCAGCAUCGGUCCUGGCUGGACAUGUUUACAAUUGGAGUCUCUCUCGCUGUCGCUGCGAUUCCGGAGGGACUGCCCAUUGUCACAACGGUGACACUGGCUCUCGGUGUGCUUCGUAUGGCGAAACGCAAGGCGAUUGUGAAGAAACUGCAUUCCGUGGAAUCCCUGGGCAGCGUUUCUGUGAUCUGUUCAGACAAGACGGGUACCUUGACUAUGAACGAGCAGACUGUGAUUGAAGCGUAUUCGGUCGACGAAACCACACUGCUCGAUCCAGCUCCCGUGUCGUCCUCACUGCCAGCCGCGAUCCGGAAAACUCUUGACAUUGGCGUCCUGUGCAAUAACAGCAGCUUGGUCAGAAACGAAAACGGCCUUUUCGUGGGACAGUCGACGGAUGUCGCACUGGUCAAUGUUCUGCAUGCUUGUGGGCAAACAGAUCGGCGCCAGACAUUCAAAAGAACGUCGGAAAGACCUUUCAACUCUGAGCAAAAGUACAUGGCCGUCAGCGGAUUGCACAGCGAUUCGACUCUCGGGCCCAAUCCGCGCGAGGUGUACUACAUGAAGGGCUCGAUCGAGAAUGUGCUCGAGCGCUGCCGAUUCUAUUACGUGUCGGACGAGAGCACACCCGCGCUAGACGACGCGAUCCGUCGUGUCAUUCUGAGCAAGGCCCAGGCGGUGUCUUCUAGGGGAUUGCGCGUGCUGGCCAUGGCAUACGGGAUCAACGGGCCGGCAGCGGGUACCACCCCGCUGGGCAGCCGCACGCCGUCAUCGGACCGGGACCAGAGCCGCGAGGGAUGGAACCUUGUGUUCGCGGGCUUCACCGCGAUGCACGACCCGCCGCGGAGGGGUGUCGCCGACGCCAUUGGGCUGCUACAGGCGGGAGGUGUGCAAGUCGUGAUGAUCACGGGCGAUGCCGAGGAGACCGCCGUCUCGAUUGCACGUGCCUUGGGCCUGAAUGUCGGUGGAGGGCACCAUGAGGAGACGGGGAACAGCUUCGUGUUGACUGGCAAGGCGAUCGACCAGAUGAGCAAGAGUCAGCUGAUGGAACGUGUUGGAACCGUGUCCGUGUUUGCCCGGACGACGCCGCGGCAUAAGCUGGCCAUCGUCGAGGCAUACCAGGCGAGAGGUGCUGUCGUUGCCAUGACUGGAGACGGUGUCAACGAUGCACCUGCUCUGAAGCGUGCUGACAUCGGUGUGUCGAUGGGCAAGAGCGGCACCGAUGUCGCCAAGGAAGCUGCACAUGUCAUCCUGGUCGACGACAACUUCACGACGAUCUUACCGGCAAUUGAAGAGGGCAAAUCGAUCUUCCACAACAUCCAGAACUUCCUGUCGUUCCAGCUGAGCACAGCCGCGGCGGCGCUGACACUGAUCACGCUCAGCACGUUUUUGGGACUUAGCAACCCACUGAACGCGAUGCAGAUCUUGUUCAUCAACAUCCUCAUGGACGGACCCCCGAGCCAGAGUCUGGGUGUCGACCCGGUGGACCCCGCUGUCAUGCGCCGCCCCCCAAGAAAGAAGGACGCGCCGAUCAUCACGCGGAGGCUGCUCUAUCGUGUGCUCUUUUCGGCCUCGAUCAUUGUCGUAGGCACGCUGUUUGUGUACAUGUUUGCGCUGCAGGACGAGACGAUGUCAAGGCGAGAACAGACCAUGACGUUCACAUGUUUCGUCUUCCUUGAUCUUGUGUCUGCCGUGCAGAACCGCGGAAUCGGGUGUGGGCUGACACAGAACAAAAUGCUGGUGACGACCGUGUCGAUAUCGGCGCUGUCGCAGCUGGCCCUGGUCUACGUGCCCUUCAUGCAGGCCGUGUUCCAGACCGCGGCGCUCGACAUGGGCGACCUCGGCGUGAUCCUCGCGUUGGCCGGCGUGAGCUUUGUGCUGCACGAGGCACGGCGCAGAUACGAGCGGCAGGUGGAUUUGGAUAUCACGUGGGCAGAGAGGGUCGAGGGCAUCGUAUAGCAGCAGUAAUUUAUGUAUCUUAAACAGUCAAUAUUGGAAGGGUGUGUGCAUAAGUAUACUCAGUCAGAGCCCUUCUAGGAUACUGCAGAUGUCAAUAUCUCUGUCCUCGGGCCAGUCGCCAGUCCAGUAUCUGCCGUUAAUCGCGAUCUGAGCCUGGUACUGACCUCCCCAGUUAUCUCCGAUCAUUCGAAACAGCUUGAGCCCCUUCGACUGGCUCGCCUUGACAAACACCACCAAUCCAGCCGCGGUAAAAUGUCCGCAGCCCCGAAGAGCUCCACGGUAGAGAGCUCAUACCCGGGUCGGACGAUAUCGCAGCUCGUCCGAUCUUCUGCGCAGUCAAUCCCAGGCAGCAUCGCUGCCACGGUAAAAUGCGUCACAUCCCGCACCGCGGGCGAGCGCAACAGCUCAAUGAGGAACGCAGUGAUGCAGGAGUAGAUCAACAACAGCUUGCGAAGCGUGCAUUGAGACCGCACGAGCAUGCGCAGGACCAGAUCCGCCGGUAUCUUCUCGCCGUAUUCGAUCCUGAGCACCUCCAGCGAGGGUGCUGUGGUGAGCGGAAGGACGUCCCCGGUGUAGCCCUCGAUCCACAGUCGGUGCAGGCUCGGCAGGACGAUGUGCGUCGCGUCGGGUCUGCCUUCUAGAACCAAGGCGUGGAUGCUGCAGUCUACGAGCGUGUACGAUGUAAACCGGAUGAUAUCAAGUUGGGCGGACAGCUCCAGUUGGCCGCUGAAAACGCCCCAUGCACAGAGAUCAAGCGCGUCGUUCUUAUCCAGUAUCGUAGCACAAUCGGCCUGCGUUCGGAACUUGCACGCGACCGCCGCCGCGACUGGCUGCAGCCCCGUCUUGUACCGGUACUCAGAAUGCACGAUGAGCGUAUACAGGACCGGGAGCGAGACGUCGCUCAGCCGGGAUAGGAACGGACGAGCGCCCCGGAAUUCCGCGGCGUCUUCUGCGGUUUCCAAGACAUACAACGGCUUCCAUCGCUCGCACUGCGCGGUGACUUGAUCCCACCACCGUGCGUGAAGCGAACGACUGUCACGAGUUCCGCUUUUGGUCAAUAGCCUCCCAAAAUUCUGGGGCUGGGGGGCAAUCGCAUUCCACCAUGACCGAUGACCCGCAGGAGGGUCCCUCCAGUCGCGGAUCAGGACAUUAAGAGGCAACCUGCAGAGCGAGAGUAUUGCUCCGCUAGCAGCUCGACGGAGUUGGGAUGGACCGCUACAUGUGCCAGAACGAGGCGCAUCCAAUCACUGCUGCAGCCCACGGCCGACACAUCUGGGCUAUCUCCCCGGGAAUCCCGUCGACGAUGGUAUAUCCGCCGAUCUCGCAGAUCAGCUCCGCAGGCAGUCGGGCGCACAGGCGCGAGGAUGCGUCUAUGCGCGGCGAUGCGCGAGAGUGGCGACCAUCGUCGCGAUCUGGGAAUGGAUGGCGUCGAGGCGUCGUCCCAGGUCGGAGACUCGCAGAAUCAUAUGAUCGUGUUCCCGGCGCGUCACGCCGCCCAUUUUGAGCACGAGGGGCGAGAGGAUGACGUGUCGGAUGUACUGGAUCUACGCCUCCAGCGCGACCAUGCGCUGUCCCGUCACUGCGAUCGCGUCCAACACGGUCCUGAUGUCGGCUUCAUGCGGCAAAUCAUUGGUGUAGGCAAGCGCUGCAACGCGCGGGUCGAGUGUCGGGCGCUCGGCGUAGUACGGCAGUCUAAACCAGAGGGAGUCGGAUUCGUCCAUGGGUGCGACGGAGUGAGUCGGAGAUCAUGGCACUGGAAGCGGCGGUGACGCUAAAAAGGCCUGCCCUUGAAUCAUGAGCGAGCACUUUGAGCGUCCAACCGCUGCCGUUACGUACCGCUCUCUUCAUGCGAGAGAGCGGAGGUCAAAGAACGCAAGUCCCAAGCGCAAUCACAUGGAACAAAAGUGGCGAGUGACAUGAAUGAUGUGAGUGUGAUGCGAAUGUCGCUUGUGCAGCUGUCGCGGGUCCCGUGUGGAGACCAGACGUCGGCAAUGGGAUAUCGAUGUCGUCCUUGGCAACAUCGACUAACACAAAAUCAGCCUUCGAAUCCCGCGAUGAUUCUCGUCUUGCAUCUCCUCCGUAUCUUGGUUCUUUCCAACUCCACACACAUUCCCUCGUUCAAGCCCUGGAGGCUAAAUAGCCCUUUUUCUUGAAUUGGCUGUAUUUGUCCGCCACCUCUACUGCCCAGGCUGCUCACGUCGAGGCCGAUCUCCAUCCUCGUUUCUUUUUUCGUUACGCCACACCAAUGGACUAUCAGGCCCCCGCCGCCCAGCUAACCGGUGGGCGCCCCCCGACAAGCCAACAACUCAAACCCGGCCAACGCGUCCGCCUCCUCCGAUCCACGCGCAAAGUCGAAGCCAUCCUCGGCGAGGUCCCGCUCUUCGUCGAAGCCUCGAAGCGGGAGUCCGCGCUCCCCGCCGUGCUCGCGCUCCCCCUCGUCCCCCCGCGCAAAUCCUCGCUGAUGGUGUACAUCCCGCAAAACCUCUCGCCGGGCCUCGCCGCGGACUCGUCUCCCGCGGCGCACCCGCGGCCCGUGCUAGCCGUGCGCAUCCCGAAGCGCAACCGCGACUCGGUCGACUCCCUCGCGCUGCGCCUCAGCGUGAUCGACCCCGCGCUCCCCUCCGCGUCCUCCGCGUCGACGUCGUUCUCCGUGAACGAGAAGGACGAGGAGCGCCGCGGCGGCAGCGCGCGAAGAAGAUGGCGAAAAUCUCAAGGACGCUCGGCGAGCGCGUCCCGCCUGAGCUGCUCUUCCGCGCGUCCGCGUCCGAACGCGCGCUGCGCAAGCGCUCGAGCCGGGAGUCGCUGCGGGUGGGCCGGAAGACGUCGUACGCGUCGCUGCGGACGUCCUUCGUCGAUCUCGUCGAGGACGACGACGAGGAGGCCGAGUGGGAGGAGGUGGUCGAGGAUCCGGAGGCGGCGCAGCGGCAUUCUGAGAGGUUGCCGGCCGCGUCGGGAUCCAGAUCGGAGCGGGCGCAGCCACAGAUGCCACGGCGUGGAUCGCACAAACGGACCGGCCACCACAUUGCACCCGCUCCACUGCCGCUGCACCCGGCGCCCGCUCCGGCUUUCCAGCCUGCAUUGCAGAGCGCGACGCCCCAGCGCUUUUCGUCCCGUCCCUUCGCGAACGCCAGUGCGGACGCGUACCUGCAGAUUCCUGUGGGCUAUGACCGCGGCACACACCGGACGGAGAAGGGAUGGAGUGGCGAGUGGACGGGCGAGGGCGCGCGGAUGGAAAACAUGGACGAGGUCGCGCAGAAGUUACGCGGAUUGAAGAUGAAAUGAACAUGCCGAUAAGAAUACUCAACAUUCCUUUGUAACUACAUUUAUUUCAUUAGGUCCAAUUCUCUAUUACUAGGUACCGUAAGUACCAUAUUUAAUCAAUAAUCCGGCUACUACCUGGUGUAUC